CAUCUUAUCGUAGCAGUAGAUUCAGAGGGUCCUGCCAAAAGAGGCGUGCACAAGACAGUCCAAUCCAACACUGUAUUCAAAUAUAUGCUAUCCAAGAUGGCAACACUAAGCAACGCCGUGAACAGGAUCCCGUGUUGUCUGUGUGGGACGAUGAUCAUGCCCAACAAGGCCAAUCAAUGCUCUUCGUGCCUCGCGCAAAAUUUUGACCUUAAGAGCAUGAUCCAAGGCAACACUGAAGGAGAGCCUAUUACUAUCUACCAGUGCCGACAGUGCCGGAGAUUCAAUAUGAAAGCUGACACAAACCACAAUUACCAAUACUGCGAACCGGAAUCGCCACAGCUCUUGAGCAUCUGCCUCAAACACAUUCCGAUACUCACCAAGAAAGGACAUUCUUCCCAUACCAACAAAAUACACAUCGUGGAUAGUUCCUGGAUAUGGACCGAACCACACAGCAUGCGCCUCAAAAUUCGCUUGACAGUUCGAACCGAUCUCGACGAAGUAACCGUCCAACAACGGGUCCCGGUUCUCUUUAAGAUCAAUUGGAAGAUGUGCAACGACUGCGAUCGCCAGUACACCAACCGGACGUGGCAGGCACUCGUCCAGCUGCGCCAAAAACGAGAGAACGGGUCGAGCCGAAAGGGACUCGCGGCCCUCGAAAUGGCACUCAGCAAGCCCUCCAACAGAGACCUGCGGAGAACCGUCCUCAAAAUAGACUCCUCUAGGAACGGCUUAGAUUUUUAUUUCCUCUCGCUUCCACAGGCCCAGCAUUUCGCGCACUUUCUAGCAAGGCUGGCGCCGAUCAAGAUCAAAACCUCGCAAAAACUGGUAUCCACCGACGCUAAGAACAACACGGCCAAUAUCAAACACACGCUGACAUGCGAUAUGGUUCCGCUCUGCCGCGACGAUUUGGUCCUUGUUCAGAAAGAAUCUCGAAAUUUGUUGGGUGGGCGCCUGGCAUUGGUAACCAAGGUUGCUAGCGUUGUGCAUCUUAUUGAUGCAUCUCCGAAACGGUCGCCGACCAAUCAAAUCGACUGCGCGGAUAUUACGGCCGAAGCCUACCACAAGAAUGGUGGCGGUGGUGGAACGGCGAGUGCAAACGAAAAGGGUUGCUAUUCGAUAUUGCAAACUUCCGAACGAUUGGUCCCAUUCGUGGUCCUGGAUAUGGAGUUGUGCGGCGACAACAAGGAUCAUCGUCAGUACGAAGGACCAUCCAGUGGUGUGGAAAAGUACGCUCUGGCCGACGUCCAACUGGCCCGAGAGUCUGACCUCGGUGCCAACGACGAGAUCUUGAGUUGUGUGACUCAUUUGGGAAAUCUGAUCCAACCCGGGGACGUCGUUCUGGGAUAUGAUUUAGUGUCCACAGCCUCGAACCUAAACACGACAAUUCACAAGGCGUCCUCCGCUAAAAAGGGUUCAUCCUUCAUGGGCGCAUCGAGUGUUGUCGGGCUAGAAGAGGUCCUUAACUCAAACGUCGUCUUGCAGGACGUGGUCUUGGUGAAGAAAAUCUCUGCCAAAGAGCAAAAGCAACGGGAACUAGCCGAAGACAUGGCGACGAGGCAGAUAAAUCACGACCACGAGAUGGAUGCAACGCUCAAUGACGGAGGCGGCAAAGACACAGCCCGCCGGAGCGGGAAAAUGUCCAAGAAAAAGCUGCGUCGGCAACAAAAGCGAGACAAAAAACGACGAGAACUAGAGGAAUCGGCCGCCCGGAUGGGCUUUAUGGACGACUUUGCAGAAGCGGAAACGGCAUAUCAAGACAUGGUGAAUGAGGACGACGAAGUAGAAAAUAAUGACAAUUUUGCAAAGCAGUUGGAAGACGACCCCGAAUUGGCAGCCGAAUUGCGGGCGGUAGAGAAGGAGCUGGCGGCAGCAUAUCCAGACGAGAAAAAAAAAUCGGACGGCGACGGAAACAACCUGCAAGAAAAUAACAGCAACAAAGAGAAAGAAGGUCAAACAAAUAAGAUGAACCUUGCUCCUAUUGAAGAAUAACAAAUUUGUGCCAACAGAUUCAUGACGGUUAAUAGGUUAAGCGAUGCACUUGAAUUGGGAAAUAGAAAUAUUUGAAUCUUCGUGAGCGGACAAAGAAAGCGCAAACUGAUAUAGCGUCACGAUCUGUUGCCGAUUGUAUCAUGUGGUGCGACCUAGUAUUGGAAAAAUGGCACAUGAUAAACGUCGGACGGAACGUUGUACUUCCGUUUUUAGACCAUGUUGUUGGAGACGGGAAACAGGGCGAGAGUCAAGGGAAACUACUCGAAUCCAAACCAGCAACCGCGACGGAGGAGUUGAACAUUACGGCGGCGACUACCGAAAACUAAGACCAUGGAAACAAUAUAAAACAUACCACAAACUAGAGAAUCAAUAACAGCGACAACCUCUGGCCAGCAUUAUGGCACCGUAUCUAACGCAAACACUCAUAUGAGAACACCAAAGAAGGAAAACGAUGGCACAUUUUCGGGAACUGAGGAAGUAUAAUACAGUAUAACAAUACAU